GCGUGCCCGCGUCUCCCAUACCGGCUCGAGCCGGUAUAAAAAUCUGCCAAGAGAAAGACAGAGAAAGAGAAAGAAAGAGAGAGGGAGAGAGAGAGAGAGAGAGAGAGGGGGUAAAAAGGGGGGAAAGACGAGGACAGACCGGUUAUAUAGGUGAUGCUCGCGCUGGAAACGGAGUUACAGAUGAAUUAGAGCACGCGAGCGGUAAUAGUGUGAGUUGGAGCCUCUGUAACAGCGGUACUUUUACCCACAGAGGAAUAAACCGCUCUACAUUCACAGUGUUACUGCUGAGUUCUGGGGAAAAGUAGCUCGGGAACGUGAAGAUGCUGGUCAGGUUGCUGAAAGGAAGGUAGCCCGGGAUUGUACUGUUGCUAUUUUUGUAAGUGGACCACCGAAUAUUUUCCACAUUUUUGCCCAGUCAGGAUUUUUUUGGACGUGACGAGUCGACCAUGAUGGGACCGAUGCCCACUCUGCGCGGCUGCAUGAAACCCAACGUCUACUCGCAGGUUCCUGAUGGAGGCUGGGGCUGGGUCGUGGCCGUGGCUUUCUUCCUCGUGGAGGUUUUCACUUACGGCAUCAUCAAGAUCUUCGGCAUCUUCUUGCAGGACCUCACCAACCAUUUCGGAGAGACAAACAGCCGGGUGUCCUGGAUCGUCUCCAUCUGUGUCUUCAUCAUGUCCUUCACAGCUCCUCUCUCCUCAGUGCUGAGUAACCGGUUUGGAUUUCGGCCGGUUGUGAUGGUCGGGGGUGUCCUGAUCAGUUUGGGUACCGUCACCACCGCCUUCACUACGUCCAUCACUCAGAUGUACAUCACCACAGGACUCGUUGCAGGCCUCGGUUACUGCCUCACUUUCCUGCCCACCGUCACCAUCCUCUCGCAGUACUUCAACAAGCGCAGGUCACUCGUCACGUCCAUCGCCUCCACCGGAGAGUGCUUCUCACUUUUCGCCUUGGCUCCAGCCUUCAGCGCCUUGAAAGACCAGGUUGGCUGGCGUAACUGCAUGAUUGUCAUAGGGCUCCUACAGGCUUCUGUGAUUGGCUGUGGAGCCCUGCUCAGACCAAUCAUCAUACAGCCUGCAUGUUCUAAGCAGGAAGAGGAACUGGCAGGUCCUCAGUCUCCCCUUAAAACGAAUCCUGAAAACAAAUACGAGCUGGAGAACGAGUUCACGCGCACGUCGUUGAACUCCGUCGACUCCGGUGUUCAGUCCAUCUCCUCGGGAGAGCAGAACGUGGCCUUGUCCAACAUCUCAGAAACAGAUCUGGAGGAGGUGGAGAAAGGAGAGAGUGAAGAUGAUCAGGCACUGCCUUCCAUUCCUCUAAAACAAAAACAGAACGAGGAGAGAAAAAGGAAACGCCUCGAUUUAUCGCUGCUAAAAGACAUCAGCUUCAUUUUCUACUCUCUCUUUGGCCUCUUUGCCUCGCUGGGUUUUUUUGCACCACAGCUCUACCUGAUUGAGCUGAGUGUGUCAUACGGGGUGCAGCGCAACAAGGCCACUUACAUGCUCUCCAUCAUGGCUGCGGCUGAGAUUUUUGGCCGCCUGUCCAUCGGCUGGAUAAUGAACCGCAGGCCCAUCCGCAAAAUCUACAUCCUGCUGAUCUGCACGGUGCUGCUGUGCCUGGUGCUCGCACUCUUCCCUGCCUUCUCCUCACAUUUCUGGGCACUCGCUUCCUGCUGCGCCAUCUGCGGCUUCCUGUUUGGCACGGUCGCCUCCACCCACAUCCCCAUGCUGGCCGAGGACGAUGUGUUGGGCAUGGAGAGGAUGACGAUGGGUGCCGGAGUUUACGUUUUCAUCCAGAGCUUUGCUGGCCUCGCCGGUCCACCACUCGCAGGCGUGUUGGUGGACAAGAUGAAGGAUUACGGCUUGGCGUUUUACUCCAGCGCGGCCGGGGUGUGUGUCGGCGCUUUUUUCCUCUCACUGGUGCGACCGGCUAAAACCGGUUGGAGCUGCUGCAGGAGGGACAGGAAGCGUGUAGAACAGGAACAGGAAGUUACGCCGGAUGACUUCCUGGAAGUGGACAUAAUUCUGGAGAGUAGUGAGGCGAAAAAGAACAUGGCACAAGUCUGAGAUACAAACAUACACGCACAUGAACACGCACACACAAGACUUGAACAAUACACCCAAAGAUGGACGUUAUGGAUGUUGAUUCCUUUUUUUGUGCCUCAUUUUCUCUCCAAUUGUAUUUUUUUUUAUGUUAGUUUUUUUUUUUUUUUUUGAGACCAAAUGAAACCUCAAGCUGGUGAUGCUGCUGUUCUCAUUAACAUAGUCUUGAUUUUAUUAUUUUGUGUAGAGGUUGUGUCGAUCUCAGUAAGGAUGAACGAUAUGUUACAGAGGAUACGUUACAUCACCAGUUAGCAUUGUUUUCGACAAUACCAGGUCGCCAACUGUUUUAUCCUUUUCCUUGUUAAGUAAUUUAUUUGUCAAAACAUGUGGCAGUAUUUAAAAAGAUGAAUUCCAGUGCAGAACAAUGACUGUAAGCUUUUUUUUUCCUAAGCUCUAAAAAGCUAGCUGUUGCGAUACAUCCUCAUAUCGCCUGGCCCUGUCUCAGCACUGUAUUAUUUUAUGUAGUUUACACCACAGUUUGUUUCUGGAUCCAUAACGGCGCUUAUUAGAGAGCAAUUUCGCCAAAAUUUCUCAAUGUCAACAUAAUUUGCUUGAUGAGAAAUACAAAAUCAUGCAGAGUGUUUUAAUAAAAAAAAUGAGUCAAGUUGGAAUCGGUCACAAUGGCAGAGAGAGGAAUCAGUGAUCCAAUGCACUUAAAGCGUGACACUAUACAAAGCGGGUGUGGUCAUUAAUAUGGGGCGGAGUUAAGUUCAAAUAGCUUUUUCUCAGAAACAGUAAGUGGAUUUUUUUUUUGAUGAUGACCUGAUCAUUUAAAAAACAUAGCUGCCAUCAGCCAAUCAACUUUCAGCAGGCAUUUGACAAGGUUUCCAUUUUUUUUACUGAAGAAGGUUUGUUACAGUGAAAGUUCUCCUCAUUCGUUGUUUUAAACCAUAAGAAUUUGCCUUUUGGAUCAUUUAGCCCCGCCCACUCUCAUUCCUAGGAUUUUGCUGUAUCUUCGAAGGAUUCAGUAGACCCUGACACUCAAUAAUUAUCAAAAACAUUAUGCGAUUUGAAAACAAUUUGGUCACCACAUGCCAAUCUCAUGAGAGGGUGGAGCUUAAUUUACUCAAACAGCCGAAACUUAUGAUUGAGUGCAUGGAUUCACAAAAAAAUUGAAGGAUAAGAUUCUGAUUCUCGGGUUAUUCAUGAGGGGGCGGGUUUUGUUCAAAUAGCUGUUUCUCAGACACGGUAAGUCUGAUCAAGCUGAAAUUUAGUGUACUAUGUUGUUAUACUAAUCUAUAAUUGGAUUUCUGAUGAGGUUACUUAAAAAAAAAACAAUCAGCUCUCAGCAGGCUUCUGAGAGAGUUAGAACUGAGGUAUUGUAACAAAAUUUGAACAAAACUAAUUUAUUAUAAAAUUGUAUAUACAGUAAAGAAAUCAGAGUUUGUCUAUUUUUCUAGAAUGUACCUUUUUGAUAAACACUCUGCAUGACUUUGUUCACUUCUCAACUGAAGAAUAAUGCUGACAUUUUGAAUUUAAGCAUCUCUGUUUAUGUUUUUAUUACUACAGUGUGUGUGUGUGCAGCCACACAGCUGUAGGCAUCGUAGGUGAUCUGCCACAUACAGCUGAACUGACCGGGGGAUAAUAGUAUGAUAAAAUCGAGAAUCAUGAUAAAUGAUGAGGCUGGAUUAGAAUCCAGCGUGGUCUCUCCACUCGAGGCAUUGUUGAGUCCAUAUCUGAAAUGUGGGCCUUCAUCAUUCACGUCUGAUGUCAUGUGUGUUUGUUUUUGUUUUUUUUCCAAACCUUCCAGCUUAUACUUGUGUUGUGAACAGAAUUACAGGAUUGCUUUCUCUGAGAAGGAACCCUCUAAGGAACCUUAGGGGACAGACUCUGACAGAUCUUCCUGUCCAAAAAUGCUGCCUGCUUAGGCAGCCUUCUUUCUGAGUGAUGCACAGCCAGAUGCUGACUAUGACAACAUUGUGCAUGUUGAAUGUGCUAAUAUAUUGUGUAAUUGAUGAUUGGCACAUUUAUUAUUGUACUACUUCUUCUUCUUUUUCUUCUUCUUGCAUUCCAGGUAGAUCCAGUGACACGUCUUCCAUGUUGUGCAUUUCUUUUUCUUUGUUAUAUGUGUAAAAUGUGUAAAGGAAGAAGAAGAUGAAUGUAGCAACACUGUUUUUUUUUAAAUAUAGUAAUCCUGUAUCACUACCACAACACAAAUCAGAAUCAUUUGUAUUUAUUUUGAUAUUUAAUCCGCUUAUUUUAAUUCAUUAGAGAACUUGAAUAUGUUGCGGGCGAGAAACAAUCUGACUCAUAAAACCUGAAAGUGUGUAUGUAAUAACGAUAGGCCCCACUCUAAUACUGAUUUAAUGUGCCCUUCACCACUUCCCUUCGGCUCUACUGGAGUGCGUAAGAUGAGGGGUCGAGUGGCCAUCACUUGAGAUAUGAGUUUUUGGAAGUUGUUACCUUGAAGGCCAUGCUGCAGUCUGAGGCCGUUUCCUUUUCCAAAUGGUGGACAAAGCUGUUUAUCAGAAGCAAUAAAACUUCAAACUCAUGAUUAUACGAAGGACAUGUUUAAAGCUGUAUUGGAGCGUGGGGAUGUUUAUAGACUUGAACCCCGAUGCACACACACUCUAUGACUUGAACAGCUUUGAUUUAUUGUAUUUUGUCUCAGCCAUAAUGUUAUGAUUGCACUGUAUGUUGCUGGUGUUUUCAUUUUUUUUUUUUUACAUCACAUUGGGCAUCUGAUUUAGUCUUAACUCCUGAUUUUUUUUUUUUUUAAUGAAAAUUGUGUGCAACGAAACCAAACCACAAUGUACAGUUUGCCUCUGAAAUGCUGCAACUGCUGUACUGCAAUUAGAUUGAUAUUUACAAAGAAAUAAAUUCUGUUAUUAAUUUUA